GUUUGUAAAAAAAAACAAGCAUGAAUUUUGUCUAAGCCUCUCUUUCUAACCAAGCUGUCAAACAAAUUUUUUUUUUUUUUUUAAUUUUUUUCUUAUUUAUUCUCACUCUCUCUUAUUUACACAAUGUCUUCCCGUUUAGCUAGACAAUCCCUAGAUUUAUUAACAAGUGCACCAACCAAAAAGACCAACCAGUCAGCGUCACAGGAAUCAAAAAAGCAACCAAAGAUUAAAUUACCAAAGAUCAACAAAGGCAUCAAGAAGGUGAAACACGAGAUUCGCUAUGGACAACAUCAAAAGACCCGAGCCUUGCAAGCCGAAAUUCAAAAGAGAGAUAAUCCCAUUGAAAAGUUAAAGACGGAAGAAGAGGCCCUUGAUGAGAGAAUGAAGCGUAAUGUACAAAUUAUGAAGCGAGCAUUACGGUCCAGCAGUCUGGAAAAGAAGAUUCACAAAGAGGUCAUUCAGGAACGAUUUGCCAAAAAGACGAAAAAGUGGAGCAGUAAAGUAGAGGACAGCGAUAGCGAAUAGUAGUAGUAAUAAACUCGUGGCAACAUGCUACACACAAAUGGAGAGAGAGAGGAUACACAAGGAAAAAAUUAAACUCCACCUGAUUAAAAAAAAAAAAAAAAAAAAAAGUAUACAACAGUAAUUAAUUGCUUAAUAUAUAAAGAAUGGUGGUAUUUAUUACAUGAAAUUAAAAUACGAUUGGUAUUAUUGAGCUUGACUAUUCGCUUUAACGAGAGUAGUGCCAUCAACAUUUGAGAAUUUAUAAGGAUUGCUUUUUUCAGAUAUUGGGAAAAUUAAAUACUCCUUAUAGGAAAAAAAUCCAUCUUUGAAAGGCAUGAAGGCUGAUAUCAAAAAAGGGGGGAAUUGUUGAAG